AUGUCAAUGAUUCCCGAUGAUAUACAAAUCCACCUGGAACCCUGUCCCACUAGGGCGGCCAACGCCGGUCAAUCGACUCUGGCAGAGCCACGCGAGGGCCAGAUGGAGCUUACAGGUGAUCGGAUCAUUGGGUCUUCGAAAAGUUACAAGUCUAGUGAAGGUGUGCUACGUACAUUCUGUGGGACGUGUGGUGCGACGGUGUUCUACACCUGUGCUGAGCGACCAGGGAUAGUUGAUGUGGCGGUUGGCAUUUUGCGUGCGCCAGAGGGAGUAAUGGCCGAGAAUCGGGCGUUGUGGAGGACGGGCAGGAUAGCUUCUGCCGAUGAUGGAUUGAAGUAUGAGCCUGGCUGUAGUCGAGCGUUGAUCGAGGGAGUCAAGGCGCGGGGACGUCAGAGGGGUAUGCCGGAAGAUUUGGUCAUUUCGUGA